GCAACAGCAACAGUAGCAGCGGCGGCGGCAACAACUUAGGAAAACGAAACCACAGUUGUUGCCACAGGCGUCCUUUCCUUCUUGAUACUGGACUCUCUCGACGUUCAUAGGGCGGAGCGUUCCUCGCGUUACAGUGCGUUCGCUCCGAUAUGAAUCGCGCGCACCAUUACGUGUCACAGGAGCGGCCCUCCGAGUGAGUGAGUGCGUGUGUGACUAUCCCUCGCGAAAACGAGAGAAACAAAGAAACCGGGGAACUGGAAGGAAACAGAGAGGAGACCGAGCGAUAUAUAAACUGUGUUGUAGAGAGAGGGUGAGAAUGUGAUAGAGCGCGAUGAGAGGUGAGAGAAAGACAGAGAGAAAGAGAGAGAGAAAGAGAGAGAGAUGAAGAAAUAAAGAGGGAGAAAGAAACGUCAAAAACACAACGAUACGAAUAGCAACGCGUUCCGCGUCGAACUGACGAGCCGCUCUCGUGACUCGCGUAAAGAUACCGAGGACAACGACUUCCCCCACUAUUCGCCGCCUUCGACCCAGCUGUGUGCUUUCUCCCCACUCCGUGCGAUGUCUCUUCACCGCACGCACCGGUACUGCGCUUCCUUCAUUCGUCUUCCCCCACCAAAUCAACUCAUCGCCCCACUCCGAUACCACCACCCUCAGACGAGCUUAUUCGACCCUCCUAUCUUUAACGAGCCUUCCUCUUCUAUUUCACCCUAUCUCUUUUUUUAUCUCUUCUUUAUCUUUUUCUCUCUCUCUUUCUCUUCCCUUUGGUCAUCUCUUUGGCAGCUACUCAACGCUCUUUGACCACUAUCCCUCGCAAGUUGAGCUUAGUUCUUUCUCUCUUCCAAGAACAAAGUUUCAACGAAGAGAAUACUUGAUUCUCUUUCUACCUUACCUUCCUUCUCUUUUGCCUACAUUUUUUUCCUCCCUCCUUUUUCUUUCUCCUCUUCUUCUCUAGUAUUCGAUCACCACAUGCCCUUUCAACGUCAUUCCUUCGGAAGUUCAAUACGUGAAACUUUCUUUGAUUAUCCGAGCUUCGGUCAGUGAAUCUCUCGAUAUUACGAAAAGACAAGAUGUCCUUCGAAGGGAAUACAUUUUUGGAUUCUGAAAACAGUGAAUUUCGAUUCUUUUCUACGAUACAAGUAGAAAUAUCGACAAAAUUUUCAUUGAUACGAAUUUAUGGACGAUAGAUAUUUUAUAAAUAUUUAUCGAACGCGAUGAUUUUUUGUGUAUUUUUUUAAUAAUUUUUUUUCAUAUGUAUAUAUAUAUAUACACGUACCUACACAUAUUAUUUUUGCAGUCAUUAUUAAGUGCGAUAAAAAUAUUUAUAUCUAAUAAAUAUAUGAUAUAUUGUGAGUAGAAAUAAAAUACGAAAAGUGAAAUAUAUCAAUGGACUACUUAUGUGACCUAUCAAAAAACCGUUAACGAAUUGAAACUAACGUAUAAAACAGUGAUACAAUGUAGCCAAACAUAAAAUAUAAAUGAACAAAACAUAAUUCUUACUGCCAACGUCGUUGAAACUAUUUGUUGAUAUUUCUUCGUUAUUACGAAAAGGAGAUUCAUUCCUUCGAGGCAUUUCAUUGGUCAAUUGAAAAAUAUUCCCUGUUAUGAUUGGCUGCAAUCUGGAGAGAAUUUAUAUUUUAUUAAUAUUAUAAAUUUUACCGCCAAAUAUAAUACCUAUUGUGAAAUUUUUAGGUUAUGUCAUAUUGUGAUGUCGAUAUUCGUUGACGUCACACGCUUGACAGGUGUCUGUAGAUAUCUGUGGCAAUUCAAAAAGAAUUUAUUAUGGCUCGUUACUUUCGAGAAGAAGAUAUUGAUGAAUUCAGGGAAUGUUUUUACCUAUUUGCUCGCAAUGGUCAGAUUCGUACCUUAGAUGAAUUGACCAUCAUUAUGAGGUCAUUAGGUCUCAGUCCAACGAUUGCAGAAUUAAAUAAAUAUCUUAAAGAUAAAGGUGGAAAAAUGUCAUUUGCUGAUUUUCUGGAAGCCAUGCAUUUGCAAACAAGAGCGGAAGAUCUUCCAAAAGAAGUUAUAGAAGCUUUUCAAGCUGCAGAUACUGCUCAUACCGGUACUAUACCUGCACGACAAUUGGCUCACAUGCUUCUUCACUGGGGAGAAAAAUUAAGUAACAAAGAAGUUGAGCAAAUCUUUCGAGAGGCCAAUGUAUCCAUCAAUGGUAAUGUCAAAUAUGAAGAUUUUGUAAAGAUUGCCUGUGCACCAGUACCUGACUACUAUUAAAUAUAUAAAUUUUUGGAUUAUAAAUCUUUUAUAUAUGCUAUUUGAAGAUAUUUAUUACUAUGUAAUUUGUAACACUUCUAUAUAACAUUAUACCAUUAAAAGAAACUUUUUUUGGC